ACGCAUUAGAAUCCCACAAACAUAGGAAUAUUCCUUCAUUUCCUUUAAAAAUAAAAAAUAAAUAUUAUAUUAUAUAUUAUCUGCAAGGGUUUGUGUUUGUGAUUGUGUCGUACCUAAUUCAAAAUUCAUUUCUUUUCAAUCCUCUCUUUGAUCCCAAUUUCUAGAUCUGCUUGUCGCUGCCAUCGGCAACUAACCAUGGUUCUUCACAGAGAACUCGACCUUGUCCUUUCAUCCCCUUUCAUUGAUCCCCCAAAAGAUGGUUCGAAACCCAGUGGCAUGUCAAUUGAAAAGAAGAUAGAGUUCCUUGAGAGCUUGACUGGAAAGGUCACCAAUCGAAGGUCUCGCAGGUGGUUAAAUGACCGUCUCUUGAUGGAACUAGUGCCACGUUUAAAUGCAGAGGAAAUUAGGGGCUUAUUUGCUCCUCCACCUUGGGGUGACGAAGUGCCACCUUCAACAUUUUGCAUGACUAAUGUGGAGAAGUGGGAUAGAUUCAGGAAUAUAGACAUGGAUAAAGAGGUUAAUAUAAUUCAUGCCCUUGAAAACUCUUUAGAAAAGAGAAAAGGUCAUGUUGAUGCUGACAAGAUGGCAGUGUUGAAUGGCUGGCAUAGAGUUGAUUGUAGAACAAGAGAGGCACUACGCCGCAGCUCUCUUUCCGAACUCAUAGAGGGUUAUGAGGAAUGCGUGCGGGGCUUCAUAACAGAAAGUGCAGAUGGGGGAGUUCUUGAACUACGGGUUCAGGAUCCCUUUCAUAGAUUGUUGCUGCAUGGAGUUUGUGAGUUUUACAAUCUGGCAUCAGAUACAGAGACAGAUUUCAAUGGCACAGAGUCGUCAAAGAUUACAAGGAUAAAGAAGAAGAAAAGGGGUUCUGCCAAGCUGUCAAAUAUCACCCUGUCCCAUUUUCUGAAAAUGUCCAAGGAAGGAAGUUGGUAGUUUCUUCAGGCAGAGCUGUUGUCCAUACAAUAAAGCCUGAACCUUAGUGAUGGAUCUCCUGAACUGAAAAAAAAACCUGCCUCAAGUACCAGGA